UCUUAUUUUCAUAUUUCAUGGCUUGGUUCUUCUAAAAACAGAUAGAUACAGUCGAUCCCAAAAACGUUGUCCAAGUGAAAAGAGGUUUAUAGGACAAUAAGUGUCACGUGUCAAUUAAAUAUUCAGUUUUACGCGCGUGGAUUUUUUUAAUUAGCAUACUGAUGCAAAAGUAAAUUACAGUAUUGAAAACUGAAUCUGAAAGAUGCCGCGGGCUUUCUCGGAUGAUUUAAGGUGGAGAAUGGUAUACCAACAUUUGUUUUAUGCAAAAACAUAYCAGGAGAUAGCCGCUAAUUUGUUUGUAAGUUCUAAAACGGUCAAACGGACGUGUGCGACAUUCUACACUAGUGGAGACAUUAAUCCUUGGCCCGUCGGUCGACCUCUUCAAACAGGAACACUUUUUCCGCAUGAAGAGUAUAUCGUCAUGGAGUGUCUUCUAGAACAUCCUGAAAUGCAAUUGAAUGAAAUAGCGUCGAAAAUAUUCAAUACAACUGGCUCUGCUUUUAGUGCCCAARCAUUAUGCAGAACGGUCCACAGGCUUGGAUUCACGCGCAAGAAGUUGCAGCAGAUUGCUUCUAUGAGGAACGAAAAUUUAAGAUUCCAAUUUAAAGCUGAAAUGACAGUUUUUGAUCCAAGCCAUUUGGUAUUCUUGGAUGAAACUGGAAUUGAUAAGCGAAUAUCUCGUCAAUACGGAUACAGCCAACCUGGAACAAGAGCCUCUGUGCAAAACCGGAGUUAUUCUARAUGGGGACCUCACUAUAAUGCCGUAUCAGCAAUAUCGUGCGAUGGUCUCAUCUCUUUGGAAUUGUUGGGCGCAGGAGAUCGAUUUGUAACGGAUACUUUCUCACGUUUUCUGAGGCACAAACUGCUGCCCAUGAUGAAUCCAUUCAAUGGUCAGAAUCCCCGAUCUGUCAUUAUUAUGGACAACMACCCAGUGCAUCACGUUCAAGAAAUAAUCGACUUGAUCUACAACUCCGGGRUUAUUGUCCGUUAUUUACCUCCAUACAGCCCCGACUUGAAUCCAAUAGAGGAAUCAUUYGCCUUGGUAAAGCACUAUCUUAGGCAAAAUGAUUUGGUAUUCCAAAGUCUUGCCGACCCUAAGCCACUUAUUUGGGAUGCCUUUGGCCAAUUAACAGCAGAUUUGUGCCAGGGAUACAUGCGACAUGCAGGAUAUUUGUAAAUAUAGUGUCAGCUAUACCAUCAAUGAAAAAAUAUCACAUGGGAUUCAUGGUUAAUUGUUGAGGCCCCGGUCAAACGCCGAACUGAACUUCACACGAGCGGUCAAAAUUUAACCUCAGUAUCAGGCUCUCCAAAGGGGGGGGGGAGGGAGAGAGUCCCCCUCGGAAGGCCUGAUACUCAGGUUACCAAAAUUAAUCAUUGAAUAAACGAAUCCAAAAAUAGGUUUUGUUCAUUUGUAUUAGGUUUGGCUUAUGUGAAAUACUUCGAAUCGACACGGGCCUAAACCGUAUUCUUUCAAACAAAACGUUACAUUCCUGUCCAGUCCAAACCAAUAAUUUGCAAUAAUCUUAACAAUAACUAGCUACAUGCACCGCUACUGAGCAAUUGAAAUAGAGACCGGUUUGCCACAGUGUUCGAGCUAAGSAAAUCACUCUAUACGGAUUAAUAGCGAAAAACAAAACAAAACAAUUUAAAGGUCCUUCAUUAUUAGCUCUUUCUUUUGUUUAUAUUCUUUAUCUGUAAUUGCUCCCAUGUCUUUCAAUUGAAAAAGCUCCCGCAACUGUUUAAGAACUUCGGCUCWGUUACUGGUAACAGUAUGGCUUGGCUGUUGACAAAAAGAUAGCUAUCAAAAUCGUAAUUGCGAAAAUACAAUGUAGCAAAAGAUCGUGCAAUACCUGUGUGCUUCCUGUCUGAAUUGCACCUGCAAUGGCAGUUCCAGCAUUAGUGAGUACAUCUACAAAUGUUUCUYUCUUUGUUGGUCGUUUUGCUGGAUUGGCGGUGAACAUUGGAAGACCGGGAAUACUGUCUUUACCGGCAGUUCCAACACGCUACAAUGUAGAUUAUAGAAAAAUAAUCAGUUAUCACGCAUAUGGAAUUCACACUUAUUGCACGCACACGGUGUGCUAUGCCGUUUGUUAAUAUCAAUCAAAAGACGAUGGAUUGGUAAAUGAAUUGAUCAAUSUGGAUGUUAGAGUGUGAUGCAAAAAAAUUUCUUACUAUCAUUUCAGCCCACAGGCGAAACUUGUACGGCGGGAGCACGUUUCCAUGCAUCUUUUUUAGCUCAUCCAUUAUUUCAAUAACUUGUUCGUGUUUGGUGGUCUGGUCUACAGUGCUUUCAUGGCUUCCUGAGACAUAAACAAGCCAGAUAGUAAUUAUUAGAUAGUGUAUAGCGGCAAUAAACCAUCAACAAUCAAAUAA